AUGGAAGCUAUCAAUGAAAUCAAGAAAUCUGAGAUUCAUGUGGCAGUAUUCAGUACUGAUCCAAAAGUUAUGACGGAUAUUGAGAAUUUGGCCAAAGAAUUCAAUCAUGAAGUAAGCUUUUUUUCCUAUAUUCCAUCAAAUCAUAUGGAGUUCUUGGAAUUUCAGUUUAUUAUAAUGGAUGGAUUCAUGGCAGAAAUUGAUAGAUAUGAGUUUGUAAAGUCUGUCACCAAAGAAGCAAAUCUACCUGUUGUUGUACUGUGUAAUACUGCUGCCAAAGAUCACGAGUUAAGAAAUAUCAAUGCACAAAAAAACGGAGCGGCUUCUCACUGGUCUUUACCGGUUGGCCCUGAUGAUUACAUGCAAAUAGAAUCAAUUCUCAAAGAAAGGGCUUCGGUAUCGAACAUAAUUAGAAGGAGAAAAACAUGCAUUACAGAAGAAGAAUUAUGCAAGAGAGAUGAAGAUAGAAAGAAAAGAGUGAAGACUGAUUCUCCUUCUCCUGGUGAACACAUCAUUAAAGGAGAACUGGGCCGUAAAGAUACUUCUGUUACAUACGUGAAGACACCAUGA